AUGAAACCUUUAAAUAAAAAUGUUUAAGUAAUUCAUAAUUGGCAUGAUGCUCCUGUUAGAGUAAAUCUAAAAAAGUAUUGGAAAAAGAAUCCUCUCGAUUACAUUUAAUUACCUAAACCGUAUUCACAAAAGAAUAAUAUCACAUAUUCGAAAAGAAUCAUUAAUGACUUCGUUGAGGUUGUCAAUAAUAGACAAGAGAUGGUUAAUGGUAUUGUUGAAACAGCCAAUCACUUUUAGAUGGCAUCCUCAAAAAUAUACGAUUGUUUUGCAGAGUUUUAUGGCCCUGAAACUCAUUAUCAAUAAGAAUUAGAUAGAGUUUUAGAUGAUGUCAAACCUGAAUUUAGAUACAUAAAGGCAAUAGCACAUCAAAAUCUAAAAAAAAUACAUAGCUUAUUGAGAAAGCAAAAACAAGAAACACAAUAGGAUAUAUAGCCAUUUAAAAUAAUGACUAAAAAGGAUAAAUUGUUCAUAUUAAGUGACCCCAAAAAUGCUGAUAUUCUAAAAAGGGAUUCCAGAUAAUCAAGAACAGAAACUAUUACUAUUCCUCCUGGAGAAGAUAAAUUUACAUCUUAAUAUAAAAUAAUGAUACAAAAAGAACAUUAAAGAGAAUAGCAAAAAUAAAAUAUGAUUUAAAUUAGAUUGUUUGAUAGUUAACUGAAAUAUUAAGGCGAUGACUAUGUAAAAUAGAAUAUCUUCAAAUCAAAUAUGAAACAUACCUACACUCCUAAAAAUAUUGAUAAAAAUUAUUAUGUUAAUAACUUAAGACAUUCUACAUAGGAAUCUGUUGAAUAUAAUACUUCAUCGCUUUUCAAAACAGCUAUCCAUAGUCGUCAUAUUAACAAUUAUAUAUCUCCUAAUGGUUCUCAAGAUCUCCUUAUAGGUUAUGACACUAUCAAAGAAAAUAAGGAUAGAUCAUAGCCCAUUAAUGAAAAUAUUAAGAGGAGAUCGUAUCGUUCUUUUAAAGAUGUGAUAAACCAUCCUAAUGCACUUGAAAUCAGAAAUAGGACUGACACUAAAUAAUAUGCAAGAACAUUAUCGUAACCUAUACUAAUGUGA